CCCGGCAGCACCCCCGGGACAGCGGCGCCCCAUCGGCCCCGCAGCAGCACCCGGCCCUCCCUCCCUGCCACCGGCCCAGGCUCUCCCGCCGCUGCUCCGCUGCCGAGGACACCUCAUGGGAAAUAAAUAAAUUAGUUACCCCACUCACUCCCGCGGCAGGGAGAGGAGCAGGCGGCAGCCGCGGGAUUAGAUCCAGCCCGAGCUAUAGACCAGCCUAGUUGAAGAAGAGAGAGAGAUCAAAAAUGCCACCAGCAACAGGAGCACCACAGUACCCACCUCCAGAUGGAGGCUGGGGAUGGGUUGUGGUCUUUGGGGCCUUUAUCUCCAUUGGAUUUUCCUAUGCAUUCCCCAAAGCCAUCACAGUAUUCUUCAAAGAAAUACAAGAAAUCUUCCACACAUCAUAUAGUGAGAUAGCCUGGAUAUCAUCGAUAAUGUUGGCUGUCAUGUAUGCAGGAGGUCCCAUAAGCAGCAUUUUGGUGAAUAAAUAUGGCAGCCGGCCUGUGAUGAUAGCAGGAGGUAUCCUGUGUUCACUUGGAAUGAUUGCUUCUUCUUUCUGCAAUAGUGUCUUGGAACUGUAUAUAUGUAUUGGUGUUGUUGGAGGUCUGGGUUUAGCGUUCAACUUGCAGCCUGCCUUGACCAUGAUUGGCAAGUAUUUCUAUAAGAAGCGCCCCAUUGCUAAUGGAUUGGCCAUGGCUGGAAGUCCAGUGUUUCUGAGCACACUGGCACCUCUCAAUCAAUUUCUCUUCAAUGCAUUUGGCUGGAAAGGAAGCUUUCUCAUUCUGGGAGGACUUCUUUUGAACUGCUGUGUGGCUGGGUCACUUAUGAGACCUGUUGGACCGAAAACAGCCCCUCCUGUGAAAAAAGAUGUCGAAAAAGGAACAGGAGAGUCUGCCUUGCACAAAAACAACAAGAAGUCUUUUUGGCAAACGAUGAAUAAAUAUCUAGAUCUGUCCCUCUUCAAACACAGAGGGUUUCUGAUCUAUUUGUCAGGAAAUGUGAUUAUGUUUAUUGGUUUCUUCGCUCCAAUAGUAUUUUUGGCUCCUUAUGCCAAGCACAAGGGCAUCGAUGAAUAUUCUGCUGCUUUUUUGCUCUCUAUCUUAGCCUUUGUAGACAUGUUUGCCAGGCCUUCAAUGGGACUUGUAGCAAACUCCAGGUUUAUCCGGCCAAAGAUUCAGUACUUUUUUAGUUUUGCUGUUUUGUACAAUGGUGUCUGUCAUAUGUUGUGCCCUCUGGCAACAAAUUACACUGGCUUGGUGAUAUAUGCUGUAUUUUUUGGGUUUGCUUUCGGAAUGGUUAGCAGCGUUCUUUUUGAGACAUUGAUGGACCUCGUUGGGGCUACCAGAUUUUCCAGUGCAGUUGGACUUGUCACCAUUGUGGAAUGUUGCCCUGUGCUCAUAGGCCCUCCUCUGGGAGGUUGGUUAGUGGAUGUUACCGGUGAAUACCAGUACAUGUAUUUUGUCUGUGGAGCAAUUGUGACCGUGGCCAGCAUCUGGUUGUUCAUUGGCAAUACCAUUAACUACAGGCUUUUGGCAAAAGAAAAGAAGUUAGAAGAUGAGAAGCUGAAAGCACAGAAGAAUGCUGACUUAAAGGAAGCAGAGCCACUAACAAACAAUGAGAACGAUGAUGCCACCAGCAGAGCUGAUAAAGCUCUUGAAGAUCCUUCAGAAAGAGAAACCAAUAUUUAAUCUGCACUAUAGCUCAGAAGGCAACAUUUAUGACUUCCAUUAGAAAUAUGUCAAGACACAGGCCAAGUUUUGUGGUAAUUACGAUCAAUCGCAGUACUGGAUGGGAACAGAUUUUUGCCCCAUGGCAAGACUCUUAAGUUGAAUUACUAUCUACAGUUUAUUUAUUUUAGUGAUACAAAAUUGAGAUUACAGAUGCAGGGACUCCAUGCAAGUGAGUCCAUCAAACUAUGAUUCUGAACAAUCAAGAGUCAGGUAAACCAAACUAUACAGCCUUCCAGUGACAGUUUUGCUUCAAAAGUAUAUCUACUGCAAAAGUAUCUCCUGUUUUUCUUUGGGAAGAUACUUAGUGUUCAUCUUCAGAGUAUUGUUAAUACCUGUUGAAAUAACCUACACAAUAUGUGUUUGCCACUAAUAUUAAAGAGAAUAUAAACUCAGAGAUUUGUUUCAAAACAGAGAGAGUACCUGAGUGAAGCACACUGAAACUUCUUUCUCUUUUGUAUGCCCACUAAAUCAAAAGAGAUAUAUUAUGUCUGUAUUAGGAAUUAUAAUAUGGAUAUAAAAGUUAAAGCUGGGAGUUGAACAAUUGGUGAGCAUCCCCUCUAAAAUACAAUAACCAGCAAAAUUACAAUAUAUUCCAGAAUACAAUAUUACAGUAUAUUCCAGAAAGGAUGCUCAGACCUCAUUAAUGCAAACUAAGCUCUAACUUUAGGUCUUUAAAGAUAGGCAACUACAUACCAUUUCUCACCUCACUUUCCCAUGUAUUUCAUGAAGAGCUACUUCUUUUGUGUAACGCCAGUUUGAGCAAAAAUGCUGCAGGGCACAUUGACAGGGCCAGUACUGACAUACCAUUUUUUCUGCAGAAUAGUUGUCUACAGUUUUACAUGGACACCCAUA